GCCACACAUUAGCAAAAACCCUAGAGAGGAAAGAGAGCUUAUAUCUAACCCUAUCAGCCUCCACUGCGUCAGGCGCGGCUGUUGCUCUCUCUGAGUUGGGACGUUAAAAAUGGCGACGGCGAAGACUGUGAAGGAUGUUUCGCCCCACGAGUUCGUGAAGGCUUACGCUGCUCAUCUCAAGCGUUCCGGCAAGGUUGAACUUCCUCCAUGGACUGAUAUUGUCAAGACUGCACGAUUCAAGGAGUUGGCUCCCUAUGACCCUGACUGGUACUAUGUCCGAGCUGCCUCCAUGGCAAGGAAGAUUUACUUGAGGGGGGGUCUUGGUGUUGGUGCUUUCAAAAGGAUCUAUGGUGGAAGCAAGAGGAAUGGAAGCCGUCCACUCCAUUUCUGCGAGAGCAGUGGUGCUAUUGCUCGACACAUCCUACAACAAUUGCAGAACAUGAACAUCAUUGACAUUGAUCCCAAGGGGGGAAGGAGAAUCACAUCAAGUGGUCAACGGGAUCUUGAUCAAGUUGCUGGCCGGAUUGUAGUUGCUCCAUGAACAACGGACAUUUGAAGAUUGCUAGUGCAGUUUGAUGCGUUUAGGUUUAUUAUAUUUUAUUUAGUUUCAAAAAUCUGGGGAAGAGUUUGUUAUUUUCGACAAUUUUGAUUCCAACUGCCAAGCUCCUUUAAUAUAAACAUGGUUUGUUUUGUUUA